UUGAAGCAGUUAGCUCAGCUUAGUAUUGCAUCAUUGAUGUUUGCCCAGCAAAUGUAUAACAGUCACUCAGAAAAAGAAACGCCCAUCUCUGCUGCCCACCACAUCUCCACCCUGGAGAACUUCAGUGCAAGAUUUUAGCCAGAUGAUGGGACGUGUCGCCUACUUCAGCCUAUGUCUUUUUGACAUCCUGCUCUUCAGUACUUUCCCAGAAGCUGAGGCUAGUAUCUGCGCAAGGAACUGGUUGCAAAACCAGAGGAACUGCUCUGCAUAUUUUGAUACAAAAAUGACAUGGCACCAAGCAGAGAUUGAAUGCCAGAGCUAUGGCCGUGGGGCACAUCUUGCCUCCAUCCUCAGUGAGGCAGAGGCAAACCUGCUGGCCCAUCACAUCUCCUCUCACCAACAAAUACCAAAUAAUGUCUGGAUUGGACUGCAUGAUCCCCGUGGGAAUAGACGAUGGAGGUGGUCUGAUGAAUCUGUCUACAACUUCCAGGCCUGGAAUCAGUCCCAACCGAAUAUAUCCAGAAGGAGCAAAUAUUGUGUAGAAUUGCUUUUAUCCACAGGAUUUAAAAAAUGGAAAAAUGCUUUGUGCCGGAAACCCAAUACCUACAUUUGCAAGUACCAGCUCUAGAGAAGACUGCAACUUCCUGCUAUGCCUUCCUGAAUGCAAAUGAAAUUUAAAAAAAAAACAAGAGAUGAGCUAAAUAGCAGAUCCCUCCUGAUGCCAUUGUCUCAUCGUCCACAUAGAGCUCCAUAUUCUUUCCUGAAGCAACUUCCUACUUGGUUCCCAUCUUCCCUUCAUUUUUUUUUCAUGGCUACAGAGAGCACAACUGAAUGUUAAUGAAUCCCUAAAUAAACAGCUAUAUCCACACAA